AUGUCGCGCUCCCCUCGCGCCGCACGCACCGAGGAGGACGCCCCGCCCACGGACUGGCUGGCCGAGCUGCCGCACGAGCUGCACCUCCGCAUCCUCGAGGGCGUCGACGACUUCUCCGACUGCGCCGCCUUCAGCCUCGCGUCGCCGCGCCUCGGCCUCCUCGCCCUGCGCAGCGGCCUGGCGCGCUUCAAGGACCCUCUCUUCGCCGUGGCGAUGCGGCUGCUGCUCAGCCAGCGCUUCGUCGGUGGCUUCGGUGUGGUGAUGCUCAGCGAGGACACGCUCCGCAGAUAUGCCGCCGAUCACCGCGCCAGCGCCGACCACUUCCCGUGGCUAGCGAGGGUGAGCCCGGCGCUCCGCCUCGCGUCGGAAGUGGAGGGCGCUGGAGAGCGCCGAACCGAGGUCUGGAGGCUGCGGCGCGGCUAUAAUUGCGCGAAGCUGCGUUUGCGUUUCUUGCGGAGCGGCCGGGUGAAGCAUCUCAGGGGCGAGCGAGGAGCAGAGCGGAAGGUGCGCAUGGAGUUUCCCAGCGGCACUGUGCAUUGCUACGAGGGCGAGCGAGGUGCAGAGCGGAUGGUGCGCGCGGAGUUUCCCAACGGCGAGGUGCAGCACUACGAGGGCGAGCGAGGUGCAGAGCGGAUGGUGCGCAUGGAGUUUCCCAACGGCACUGUGCAUUGCUACGAGGGCGAGCGAGGUGCAGAGCGGAUGGUGCGCAUGGAGUUUCCCAGCGGCACUGUGCACUGCCACGAGGGCGAGCGAGGUGCGGAGCGGAAGGUGCGCAUGGAGUUUCCCAGCGGCACUGUGCAGUACUACGAGGGCGAGCGAGGUGCAGAGCGGAUGGUGCGCGCGGAGUUUCCCAACGGCGAGGUGCAGCACUACGAGGGCGAGCGAGGUGCAGAGCGGAUGGUGCGCAUGGAGUUUCCCAACGGCACUGUGCAGUACUACGAGGGCGAGCGAGGUGCAGAGCGGAUGGUGCGCAUGGAGUUUCCCAGCGGCACUGUGCACUGCCACGAGGGCGAGCGAGGUGCGGAGCGGAAGGUGCGCAUGGAGUUUCCCAGCGGCACUGUGCAGUACUACGAGGGCGAGCGAGGUGCAGAGCGGAUGGUGCGCAUGGAGUUUCCCAGCGGCACUGUGCAUUGCUACGAGGGCGAGCGAGGUGCAGAGCGGAUGGUGCGCGCGGAGUUUCCCAACGGCACUGUGCAGUACUACGAGGGCGAGCGAGGUGCAGAGCGGAUGGUGCGCGCGGAGUUUCCCAGCGGCGAGGUGCAGCACUACGAGGGCGAGCAAGGUGCGGAGCGGAAGAUGCGCGCGGAGAUUCCUAGCGGCGCCGUGCAGCAUUUCGAGGGCGAGCGAGGUGCGGAGCGGAAGGUGCGCGUGGAGCGGGCCGACGGCGAGGUGCAGCACUACGAGGGCGACAAAGGUGCGGAGCGGAAGGUGUGCACGGAGUUUGCCGACGGCGAGGUGCAGUACUACGAGGGCGACAAGGUACAGAGCGGAGGGUGCGCGCGGAGUUUGCCAGCGGCACCUUGCUGCACUACGAGGGCGACAAAGGCGCGGAGCGGCUUGUGCAGCUCUUUUGAGGGCGAGCGAGGCGCGGAGUAG